AUGGCUUUUAGUGCAGCAUUGUUUAUCUUGGCACUAUUGCUGUUGCUUACUAGCCAGCCGACACAAGCAUCCAUUUGCAUUCAUUAUCACGACCCUCUUGAUGGCAACCAAUACACUGUUAUGGAUUGCCCUGAAGUACACAGCAAUCGAGUACUAUACAACAAGAACGUUACCUUGCCUCUUAUUAUAAAGGAUGCAGCCAUUGAUCCCUUCACAAUCAGCUUUUCAUGUGGGAUCAGCGAUAGCACAAGGUGCCGUGCUGCCGAAGAAGUCUGUAAGCGAGCAGGCACCAUGCUAGGAUCCAUCUUGGACAUUGUGCAACCUAUCACUGUCAAUGUUAUGUUUGUUUCCUUUUGUAAGACUUAUGGCAAGUGUGUAUCAAGCACCGGUGGUGGACCUUUAAUUCUGGGCAGUGCAAGACCUGCAAUCAGCCAUUUGAUGACCGACACGCUGGAUGGCAACCGUGUACGUGAAUAUCCACAAGCAUUGCUCAAGCAAUUUGACAACAUCAACCCACAUCCCGAAUACAAAGGCCAAGACAUCAUUGCUAUGUUCAAUUCUGAUCAUGACUGGUACUUUGAUCAUCAAAGUACGAGCCCAAUUCAAGCCGAGCAAACAAGCUUGUUGUUGAUUGUAUUACAUGAGUAUAUCCAUGGGCUUGGAUUUUUAUCCAAUUACUCGAAUGACUUGUACCUAAAGUUCCAAAGGCUGAAAAGUGAUCUUGGAGUCUUUCUCACACCCAAACGCUAUGUACCUGUAAAUGUCUCUCCAAUGUAUGCUUCAGCACCAAAUCUUAUGGCUCCACAAGGUUUCUGGGGAUUUCUCGAGAGUGCAUUCGACAAGUUCUUCUAUCACAAAGCUGCGAAUGGCACCUAUGUACCUGUAUCCAGGGUAACAGACAAUCUCAACCAAUUCCAAGGUGGCAAUAUCCUAUUUGACAGCUUGUUGGAGUUUAUAGGUGAUUGGUUAAACUCGCCUCAAUGUGAAGCUGCAACUACGUUAGCCAAGGAAGCUGUAACACCAAACACAUUUAUGCUCAUGGAUCCUAACAACGAUGAUGACGAGGUUGUUGCUAGCGUGCUAUAUACCAGUGCAUCUGAAUUUAUGCCUGGUACUUCUAUAUCACACGUUGACACGGAGACAUACAAGGAUACGACUGAUUUUCUCAUGAUCCCAAGCGUGGAAACGAAUGGCAUGACAUUUGAUGAGAUAUUGAAGAUUAGACAUGCCACACAACCCUUGGGGAAGCACUUGCUGCAAUUUUUGACAGCUUUAGGAUAUAGGCGAUCUAUCGAUGCAGGGACGUCCAAAGGACUUGUUGUGUAUCAACCACCCAACAAUCUUGCAGGAACCACUACUUCCUCUUGA